GUCUUCACCUCCAACGAAAAUUCAGGAGGGCAAGUGCUGUGGCAUCCAUCAUGAAAGUUGUGCUCUCCUUAGAAGCAGGCGAGAUCCCCCCAAAUGUCGGCGUCAAAAUGCUAAAUCCAAACAUUGACUUUACGAAUGCUAGGGUGGAGGUUGUGAGAGAGAGGCUACAACUUAGCCUAAAGAUAGACCUCGGAGGGCUAGUAUUAACUCAUCUGGCUUUGGAGGGGCCAAUGGUCACUGCAUUAUUGACCACGUCGGUGUCCUAGAUAUUGGCGAGCCGGGUCAAGACUCGGUGGCAGUGAAUAUGUUUGCGCAGGACAGGAUGCUAACGCUUUCGGAGGCAGAGUUCCUCGCUCGGCUGGAACCGGCGUUUCUUAACGCUCACGAUAAUAACAUGAGCAACAACAACGGUGGCGGCGACAACUGGAUCGGUCAAGCCGAGGACCCGCUUUCUGCCUCCAACAUUCUCACUUGUCUGGACCCGGGUGCCAUAGCGGCCAAGGAACACGACAAGGAGGUUGACGCAGACGGCGCGGGUCCAUUUAAUCCGUCAAAGAGAGUCGAACCUCGCUGGUAUAGUGACGCGCGCAUGUCACUUAUAAUGCGCGCUUUAGAGGACGCGCGACGGGACCUGCGCACGCGCAGCCCUCCAGGUGUCGCAGCGGUAGCACAAGAAGGCGACGACAACACCGGCAAGUCAUCCGUCGAGCGCAUCCGCCGGAAAUUCGACGCAGCCACUGCUGCAGGGACUCCGGAGCGCUCCAAGACAGCUGACUUCGUCGCGGGCGCCAUCACGACGGCAGUGGCCGAGAUGCUCUUCGUAGAUGUCUCGGAUGUGAAUCCGGCGCGGACCGUGGCAGACCACGGCGUUGACAGCUUCAUUGCGGCGGAGCUGCUGAACUGGUUCAGCGACGCGCUGAGAACGAAAAUUAAUAUGCGGGAAUUGCUAGAUGCGAAGACGAGCAUUGCGACGAUGGCGGGUUGGAUUGCCGACACAGCGUUGGCUAAGAAGCAAAAUUCGCGGGAAGAACAGUAAACCAGUCUUUCACUUUGUAAUGCAAGUAUUUACACUACCUACCUACUUGCAUAGACACCAUCGCUAAGACGCCGCCAGCUGUUCGCCGGGUGCAGAGCUCUAAGCCUGGUCUAUCAGACUUCAGGGCUUCUCUGACCAUUUGUCAAAUAUACACGAGGAAUGUCAAUAUGAAGGGCGUCCACACGUGUAAUAACUAAAUCUUGAAGUG